GCUGGAGCUUGCCUCUGGUGGGCCAGGAUUACCUGGAGAUCCUCUCUGCCUGGUACUGCAGCUUCGGCAAGUGCUGCAAGACGGGGGACUGCAGGAUAGUCAACAAUAUCACAGGCCUAGAAGCAGACCUCAACAGGCAGCUCCAUGGGCAGCACUUGGCCAAAGAAGUUGUCAUCCGGGCACUGCAAGGUUUCCUGCAGAGUCCACGGCCGCAGAAGGCUCUGGUCCUCUCCUUCCACGGCUGGUCCGGCACAGGCAAGAACUUUGUGGCCCGGAUGCUGGCCAGUCACCUGUACCGGGACGGGCUGAAGAGCGAGUGUGUCAGGGUGUUCAUCUCACUCUUCCACUUCCCCCAUCACAAGUACGUGGACUUGUAUGAGGCUCAGCUGAAGAAGCAGAUAAGUGAGACUGUGCGGCUCUGCCAGCAGUCCCUGUUCAUCUUCGAUGAGGCAGAGAAACUUCAUUUCAGCCUCCUGGAUGCUAUCAAGCCUUUCAUGGCUCGCUCUGACAACGAGGGCCAGGUGGAUUACCGGAGAUCCAUCUUCCUCUUCCUCAGCAAUCUCGGUGGCAACACCAUCAAUGAGGUAGCCCUGGACUUCUGGCGAGCCGGCCGGGCACGGGAGGAGAUCUCCAUGGAGUUCCUGGAGCAGCGGCUGCGGCUGGAGUUGCUGGAGGCUGCAGAGAGCGGUUAUGUCCGCAGCCACCUCCUCGAAGAGAACCUCAUUGAUUUCUUCGUGCCAUUCCUGCCCCUGGAGUACCACCACGUGAAGCUCUGCGCGCGGGAUGCUUUCCUGGCCCGUGGACUUCCAUACACUGAGGCAGCCCUUGACGAGGUGGCCAAGAUGAUGGUGUUUGUCCCCAAAGAGGAGAAGCUUUUCUCUGCGCAGGGCUGUAAAUCUGUAUCCCAGCGCAUCAAUUACUUCCUUCCUUGA